AUGGACCGGAGGCAGAGGACGGAGCUGAACAAGAUGGCAGAGGCUUCGAGGCUGCUUGAGAUGGAGAAAACAUUAGAUCCUCAGCUAUGGCACGCCUGCGCCGGCGGCAUGGUCCAAAUGCCACCGGUGAACUCCAAAGUCUUCUACUUUCCACAAGGCCACGCCGAGCACGCACAAACCCACGUAGACUUCCCGGCCUCCGUCAGAAUCCCAUCUCUCAUUCUCUGCCGGGUCGCCGGAAUCCGAUACAUGGCCGACCCUGAAACCGACGAGGUCUUGGCCAGAAUCCGGCUGGUCCCUUCUGAGACCAACGAGCUUUAUAAUGACGAAGGCCCUGUGGACUCUGAUGGGUCUGAUAAUCAAGAAAAGUCUUCAUCUUUCGCUAAGACUCUGACUCAGUCCGACGCCAACAACGGCGGCGGGUUCUCGGUUCCGAGGUACUGCGCUGAGACCAUUUUCCCGAGGCUGGACUACUCCGCCGACCCGCCGGUGCAGACGGUGAUCGCCAAGGACGUUCACGGCGAGGUGUGGAAGUUCCGGCACAUUUACCGGGGCACGCCUCGCCGGCAUUUGCUGACCACCGGGUGGAGCACGUUCGUCAACCAGAAGAAGCUCGUCGCCGGCGACUCCAUUGUGUUUUUACGUUCCGAAAACGGCGACCUCUGCGUCGGGAUUCGGAGGGCCAAGAGGGGUCUGCUGGAGGGUUCGCCGGAGUCGGUGUCGGCGGCGUCCGGGUGGAACCACGGCCGUUCCGGUGGGCCCCCGUAUUCGGGGUUCUCGGUGUUUCUGAAAGAGGAGGAGAGUAAAAUGGGGAGGAAUGGAGGAGGAGUAGGAGGAGGAAGAGUGAGGCCUGAGGCUGUGGUGGAGGCUGCUAGUCUUGCGGAGAAAGGGCAGCCGUUUGAGGUGGUUUUUUAUCCGAGGGCGAGCACGCCGGAGUUUUGUGUGAAGGCGUCUGCGGUGAGGGCGGCGGUGAGGGUGCAGUGGUGCUCAGGGAUGAGGUUUAAAAUGGCUUUUGAGACUGAGGACUGUUCUAGGAUUAGUUGGUUCAUGGGAACCAUAACUUCUGUUCAGGUUAAUGAUAAAAUCCGCUGGCCUAAUUCUCCUUGGAGAGUUCUACAGGUGACAUGGGAUGAGCCAGAUUUGUUACAGAAUGUGAAGUGUGUUAGCCCAUGGUUGAUUGAGCUGGUAUCAAAUUUCCCCAUUAUCCAUAUGGCGCCCUUUUCACCGCCACGGAAGAAGUUGCGUAUACUGCAACACCCAGACUUUACUCUUGACAGGCAGUUAACGUUGCCAUCAUUUUCAGGCAACCCCCUCGGGUCCAGCAGCCCCAUGUGUUGUCUACCAGAUAACACUCCUGCAGGCAUACAGGGAGCCAGGCAUGCUCAACUUAGAAUAUCUUUAACUAAUCUCCACUUUAACAGCAAACUGCAGUCGGGGCUGUUCUCGUCCAGUUUCCAGAGGUUCGAUCAAAAUUCUAGAAUUCCCAAUGGCAUCAGGAAUGGCGACACAAACAGCAACGAAAGCCUAUCUUGCUCGCUAACAAUGGGAAAUUCUAUUCAGAACUUGGAGAAAUCUGAUAAUGUGAAGAAACACCAGUUUUUACUCUUUGGUCAACCAAUACUUACUGAGCAGCAGAUGUCUCGUAGCUGCUCCAGUGAUGCAGUUUCUCAGGUUCUUGCUGGUAAGAAUUUGAAAGAUGAGAAUCAGGGCAGAAAAAGGUUUCUAUCUGUUGGUUCAGACUCUGCUAUUGAGCACUGGGGUUCACUAGAGAAAUCUGCACUGAACAAAGAAUUACAUGUUUUAGACUUGGAUACCGGUCAUUGCAAGGUAUUCAUGGAGUCCGAGGAUGUUGGAAGGACUCUUGACCUCUCAGCUCUGGGCUCUUAUGAUGAGUUAGACAGGAGGCUGACCAUCAUGUUUGGAUUAGAAAAACCAGAGAUGCUGAGCCAUGUUCUUUACCGAGAUCCAACAGGUGUUGUUAAACAAACAGGAGAUGAACCAUUCGGUAUUUUUAAGAAAGCAGCAAAGAGACUGACUAUUCUAACAUGUCCGGCAAAUGAAACUAUUGGGAGGACAUGGAUUAGAGGAAUGGAAAAUGCUGGAAAUGGACUUGGUGCAUCAAAUAAGACAGGUCCAUUAAGCAUAUUUGCUUAG